GCUCAAUUAGCCACUGUGCCAGUGAGCUGGAACCUACUAUGACAUCGUAACCAGUCGAUUGUUGCGGUUACUGGGAGUUUCCGAAAGCGACCGGGAUGAAGACCAACACGGUUGGAGCCGAGACUAACUUACUGCCAGCCCAGACAAAUUACUUCCAGUAAGGUUGUUCAGAUGCUGUCGCAGACACGAGGAACGGAGGCCUACCCGACCCUAUUGAAGAUGUUUGGAUACCUGGAUAGAAACAUGGGAACUAGUCGCUCCUCCCAAAUAACAUGCGGCUUUGGUACUCGAUCAAAGCCGACGGCCGGUCACUGACGUUAAUGGCGCCCGCAUGGCAAAAGGGCGACAGACAACAUGCGACCUUGCUGUUCUGCAUACAACCAUCAUGUUACUCCCAGAGGCGCUCUUGCGGAUCCUUGUUCGCUUCCCGAGGUUAUUCAUAGCGAUUGCCAAACGAUGUUCCUCGGCCACUUUACACUUUCUGCGGUAUAUCUUCUCGUUCUGGAAUGCCUCUGUUCAGAAGUCACGAGAACGGAAGCAUUUCGCGAAGAGUAACGGAGACAAAUGCUCUCCUUCGAUAGCACCACGCAAUGAUAUAGAGAAGGGAGAAGUGGAGGCAGAUGCCGACGUCAGGAGCGUGACCAUACAACGCUCCGGUGAUAGAGGCCUUGCUCAGAGUCAAACAAUCUCCACAGUAGCUGAUGCAAGUAGGCCCCAGGGUUCCCAGCCUGCUGAUUACGGGGGGUCAAAAGGACGCAUGGUUUCCUCCAAACCUCCGCUCAAGCAACCGACGCCCCUACUCGAUAAGUUGGCAGGUAUACUUUCGAUGUUGUCUGUCCUUGAUCAUCCCGGAUUUAUCGGGCGUGCGCUCGGGGCUACACAACAAAGUAAAGCCAAACGAGAGCGUGCCGCCGCUCGGCAGCGCGAGGUUACGCCACAAAUCCAUGAUCAUGAAACGGACGUAGCCAAAUGGAUGGUGUUCAGCGACACGUUCCAAAAAGAUGUCGAAAAUAUCAAUCUGCUUGCUACUGUACUAAUGACAGCAAACUUCAGCUUCUUGGCUAUCCAAUCUAUUGAUCAGAAUGGGUUGACUUACUGGCCCCAAAGGUUGAGCUACACAUCGCUUCUAUCUGCAAUGGGUAGCAUCUUGAUGGGAUUAGCGGUUCGGACGCCGAGAUUUUUCACGGCUCACUCGUCACGUUACUUUCAAAUCAUGGUGUUGGUUCUAGGGUUUCCAUUCGAGCUGUUCUUGUACAGUGUGUUUUUCUUCAUUGCCGCACUCGUUGUACACUUCGGUAUUCAUACAGCAAAGUUUCAGUUUGGUGCAGCGAUCUUGAUCUUCGGCCUCGUCAUUGUAUGCCUUGGCUUGUACUGGCUUGUGACGGAGCCACAAGAAGAACAGUUGGUUUGUUCUUGGAAGGGUACUGCUAGCGGAGAUGCGGAGGCUUGAUAUAAGUGUCUUUCAAGAUUGGGGGGUCCCUCUGACUGCCAACCAGGUGGUAUGUCGCACG